GACCCUGCCCAAUCCCGCCGCACAUCCGGCGGGCGGCUGCAAUGGCCGCUACCCGGGCCGAGCUCCGCCGUGAGUGGCCCCUCUCUCCCUGACCGCCUUCUGUAGCAGCGGGAGAGGGGCCGGCAGGGCCCGCGCCGCCAUGCGAUUUCGGGCUAAGAUCGUGGAUCUCGCCUGCCUCAACCACUUCAGCCGUAUAAUUAACACAAUCGCCAAGUUAGCCAAGACCUGCAUCCUGCGGCUUACUGUCUGCAAGCUGUAUUUCAUCCUCUCCGAUAAAGUAGCAAAUGGAGGUGCCAGUAUGUGGUGUGAGCUGAGCCAGGGGAACUUCUUCGAUGAAUUUCAGAUGGAAGGAGUAGCUGCAGAGCACAAUGAAAUCUAUUUGGAGUUGGUGCCUGAAAACCUGUCGAGAGCAUUAAAAACUUCCCAGAGUGCUAAGGCAGUGAAGAUCAAGUUGACUAAUAAACACUGCCCUUGUCUCAGAGUUGCUGUGGAGCUACCAUCCUUAUCAAGCAGCAGUAGAAUUGUGACACAUGACAUUCCUGUGGGAGUUAUUCCCAGAAGAAUGUGGAAUGACUUCAGAGAGCCCAGUGUGCCAGACUUUGAUGUCAGUAUUUACCUCCCGGUGUUGAAAACAAUGAGGAGUGUUGUGGAAAGAAUGAAGAAUCUCAGCAACUUCAUUGUGAUUGAAGCAAACUUGAGUGGUGAAAUGAACUUGAAAAUAGAAACUGACUUAGUAUCUGUAACAACACAUUUUAAAGACUUGGGAAAUCCUCCCUGGGCAUCAGAGGAUGGAUAUCAAAGUUCUGUUCAAGGCAGAGAUCUGGAAAGUAUGGCUGAAGCAUGCAUAGACAUCAAGAAGCUACAGCAGCUGCUUGCUGGACAGCAGGUCAAUCCUACAAAAGCAUUGUGCAAUAUUGUACGUAAAAGAAUUGUCCACUUCAUCUUGCUCCAUGAGGAGGUUUCACUUCAGUAUUUUAUUCCAGCAAUUGCCUGAGUCUUUUGGAAUCUUGGUCAUUUUCCAACCUGAGGCCUCUUUCAUGAAGUCUGAAAUUUUUCAUGACUUGCUGGAGUAUUUGAUGUGAGAGACUGUUAGACAUAGCCACCAGAUGGACUUAAUUUCAAUAUUUAUGAGAGUAUUCAAAAUACUUCCUCAUCCAGACAGCAAUUUUUGUGAAGAGUUAUAUGCUGUGAAGAACACAGCGCUGAGGAGUGUUGGUAUAUCUGAGUCUUAGGAGGAGCAAAACUAAAAUUUGCCUUACCCACAGCUCAAAGAAUCCCAAAAGCACAUUCAAUUAAAUACUUCAGUCUCCUCAAAAAACUAAAGGUAGAAUUCACCUCUGGAGUUGUUGCUGUAUAUAUUCUGUAUUGAGCAAUGCAAUCAAAGUUGAGGGAUCUCUGAGCAAGCUAUCAUACCUCCAUGAAACAGGAGAGCCUUCUGGAGGGUUGCCAGAUAGGUGUUUGCCUGGACAAGUAUGUGCAGCCCUUCUGAAGUGGUAUAGAACUGAACUGUGUUCCAGUAGAAAUCUUUUGAAUAGACUUGCUGCAAGUGAGUAUCUCAGUAGCUCUCUUUGUGCUUACUGUUUGUUUAACUCUUGGCCUGAGAGGACGAGCAAAACAGUCUGGAUUACUUUGUUAAUGUGGGCAGUGAAAAUCCCUAUGUACAGAACGAAUAUCAUAUGAGAACAUGCAUAAGCACAGAAGUUGAUGUGAAAUAAAGAACAAGUUGUCUGUGGAUCACAUUUUUUCCCUUUCCAGAUAGAAAACAUGUGACAGCCUGGGUCGUCAUGGUAUCAGACAUGGUGAGAUUGCAUCUAGGCUCUUAUGCCAAGCAGCCAAGAGCAUGACUAAAUUUCACUCAUGGGAGUACUGCUCCUGCUUCUACCUCCUGGUUAUUUUCUGAGGUCUUUUCCUCCUUAUUGCGUGUCUGAUUUAUUUGUUAUCCUGGCAUAUUCCAUGUAGCUUUUGAUUGUUAUAGUGAUUGAGUCUAUGCUGCCAAACGAGACCAAAAGUUUCUUCUAGAAUGUAACUUGUCAUACUCAGAAGUGCUGGGGUUUUGAUUGUUGUUUUUUUCGAGGGGCAUUGAUAUUAGGGGAGCAAUGAAUCUCCUGUUCAUGGAGAUGCGAAUGCUCAAGAGAAGGCUGAAGGAGAGGCAGUGACAAAAUAGAGUAGACUUGCAGUGAUGAGUGUGUUGACUGACUGUGUAGGCCUUUCUGCCUAUUCCCUCUUUGUUCCUACAUGCUCUCCUUUGCCCUACACAUUGCCUCAUCAGUUAUCAUAUUUUCACCUACUGCGUGCAACAUGCUGAGAUUUGCAUCUUUACCAUUUGCAAAGUCCCAUUUUGCCUAUGUUAUGAGUUGACCUUGGUAAGCAGCCAGUCACUUAGUCACACCUGGUGGGAUGGGGGAGAGAAUUGGAAGGGUAAAAGUGAAAAAAUUCAUGGGUUGAGAUAAGGGCAACUUAAUAGGCAAAGCAAAAUACAGAAUUCGUUCACUGCUUCCCAUGAGGAUAGGUGUUUAACCAUUCCCAGGAAAGCAGGGCUCCAUCGUGUGCAGCACACGUUUGGGAACACAGACUGCAUAACUCGAAAUGCCUUUUUCUUCCUUCUUCAUUUCCCUGAGAUGAACAUGAUGCUGUAUGAUACGAAUAUCCCUCUAGUCAGUUGGGGUCAGCUGUCCCAGCUGUGUCCCUACCAAUUUCUUGUGCACUUCCAGCAUAUUUGCUAGUGGGGCAGUGUGAGAAUAAUGUCUUGGUGCUGUGUAAAUGCUGCACAGCAAUAACAAAAACAUUGCUGUAUUAUUGACACUGUUUUGGUCAUAAAUCCUGAACAUAGCACCAUGAGCUACAAUGAAGAAAACUGAUUGUAUCAUAUCUAGAGUCAGUGUAGCCUGCUGUUUCAUGAUAGCCCAACUAUUAGUGCAAACAGAUAUUUUUUGUUCUUUUUUUUCUGGUUACUGUCUUUGUUAAUACUAACCAAUCAGGGUUUAUAUCUAUGUUUGCCUCCUUAGUUUUGUUUUUAUCAUCCAGUAUAGGAUGUGAUCAAUCAGAUAGCCAUAGAAUAAAUAUUCUAACACUCUCACACAGAUGCCUUCUAAAAUAUUCACAUCACUUUUGUGUCCCUUGGUGUCUGUUCAUGUUUUUGGUUUCCUCCUCUUAACCUUUUUUUGUCAUUGUAUGGAAACUUGUAAACUUCUCUUGUUUUUCUUGCUUUUUGGUUACACACUGAUGCUUAUUUUUGUGCUGUAUUGGAAAAAACCUUUGGAUAUAGUCUGAUUUUCUUAAUGUCACAGCAAUUAAAAAAGAAUGACAUUUUGAUUAGAAAAAUAAAACAACAGAUAAAGA